CGCCAGCCCCAGCGCCGAGGCGGGAGGCGCCCGCAGCGGGCCCUGGGCGGCGGCGAUGAAGCGGGAUCGGCGCGGCCGGUUCCUGUCUCCCGCCGGCGGGCGCAGGCCGGAGCCCCGGGCGGGGAGCGGGCGGCGGGGCCGCGCUGCCCGGGAGGAGGCGGCCGGGGCGGGGCCGCGCGGGGCCCCGGCGCCGCCCGAGCCGGAGGACGGCGCCGAGGAGGCAGGAAUUGGUAGAGCCCUGAGCACAGGGUAUUGCCGACUCUGCCAUGGGAAGUUUUCCUCCCGGAGCUUGCGGAACGCUUUUGGGAAGGUUCCUGUGACAGGAGAGAACUCAGAGAAGCAGCGACGUGUGGAUCAAGUGUUCUUCAGCGACUUCCAGCGACUGGUCGGGGUAGCAGUCCGACAAGAUCUUGCUCUCCCGCAAUAUGUCUGCAAGAAAUGCCAUGCCCAGUUUUACAAAUGUCGCAGCAUCCUCAAAACGUUUAUUCAGAGGGUGAACGCAUCUCCCACAGGCCAUAUAAAGUCAAAAGGAAAGAGCAGUGAUGCGCAGCCGCAGCCAGAUACAGAAGCCCCCUGUUUGGUAGACCUGAUCACAUCCAGCCCCCAGUGCCUGCAUAAUUUGGUUACGUGGACCCACAACCAUGCGGGGAACUGCCAGUCUGUGCCAAGCCUACAGAGUGUGUUAUCUUCUGAGUACUGUGGCAUAAUUCGAGCCGUGUGGGGCUGUGGAGAUGGGCAUGACUAUAUUAUGGAUACAGAUUCUGAUUGCAGCACAGUGCUUGUCGAUAAUGCCUUGUCUGUUACAUGGGAAUGGAACAAGAGCACAGCACAGCGUUUGACUGACAACGGGGCAAGUGCAGACAAUGCUGGGGCUGCUUCUACUCCCAGGCCCCAGCUUGCCCCAGCAAGGACAGUCACUUGCGAGCAGCCAGUAAACAAAGGGACCACAUCAGAGUCACUAAGUGCGGAGAAUCAGAUGCCACAGAGCAGGAAUUCAUCUCAUUCACAACAGGACAGUCCAGUCCCUUCCCAGGAGAAAAGUCUGCCCCAGUCAGCUUCUCCACUGAGCAGUGCCCCAGGACAGUUGAGUACGAAGCAGAUUCUGUCUUCAACGUCGGAUGAGCGGGUAAAAGACGAGUUCAGUGACCUUUCUGAGGGAGACUUCUUGAGUGAAGAUGAAAAUGAUAAGAGAACCUUGCAAUCUUCAGAUGACUCCUUUGAGCCUUAUCCAGAAAAGAAGGGGUCCAACAAAAAGAAUGAAAAUAAAGAAGCGAAGAAGGCUGAAGAGCCCAAAAUAAGAAAGAAGCCAGGACCCAAGCCAGGCUGGAAAAAAAAGAUCAAAUGCGAAAGGGAGGAGCUGCCUACCAUCUACAAGUGUCCUUACCAAGGAUGCACAGCGGUGUACAGAGGGGCCGAUGGCAUGAAAAAGCAUAUAAAGGAGCAUCAUGAAGAAGUGCGGGAGAGGCCUUGUCCCCACCCUGGCUGCAACAAGGUGUUCAUGAUCGAUCGGUACCUACAGCGCCAUGUGAAACUCAUUCAUACAGAGGUACGGAAUUAUAUCUGUGACGAAUGUGGGCAGACCUUCAAACAACGUAAACACCUCUCAGUCCAUCAGAUGCGCCAUUCAGGAGCAAAGCCCCUCCAAUGUGAAAUCUGUGGUUUCCAAUGCAGGCAGCGAGCGUCUCUCAAAUAUCACAUGACCAAACACAAAGCUGAGACCGAGCUGGAGUUUGCCUGUGACCAGUGUGGAAAGCGUUUUGAAAAGGCCCAUAACCUUAAUGUCCACAUGUCCAUGGUGCAUCCUCUGACCCAGACUCAGGACAAAGCCAAGCCACUGGAGCCUGAGCAAAUUCUCACGUUGAAUCCUUCAGGGACUGUGGAAAGCCAGGCUGUAAAACCAGAACUGACUGCACAACAGGAGCCUACUUGAAGGGCUGUUGGAGGUGUGUACUGAUCCAGCCUUGUAUAAACCAUUCAGCAGAGUGGGGAUUUUUAAUAUACAUUUUAAUAGAUUCUCA